AUAUCCACAUACGAAUGACGUAUCCGAUUUACAGCAAAAAAUGGUGACGUUACCACACUUUUCACAUACGUGUACACAUCACCGUGCGUUUGGGACAAAGUGGGGAAGUGGACAUCGUGGUUUUGCGUGAAAAGUUUGAUCCUUUCUGAGCUGUUUCAGUUAGAGUUUCUGACUUCUGUAGCGCCACAGGACAGAAAAGUGCAGGUCAUCAGAAGAUGUCUGACAGUGAAGGGAGCAACUUCUCAGACGAUGGCAGCUUUGUCGCCAGCGACGAGGAUGCUGCAAGCGACAUUGGCAGUGACCUCGGGAGCCCCGGGGGCAGUGGAGGAGGCAGUGGAGGUGAAGACGACUCAAAAGAUGUUGACACAAGAAGGAAGAAUGUGGUGGAGGAAGAGGAGGAUGAGGUAGAGGAUGAGGAAGACGAUUACGAGGAUGAGGAAGAAGAUGAAGACUACGGAGUAGGACAGAAAAAGAAAAAGAAGCCCAGAUAUGGUGGAUUUAUCCUAGACGAGGCCGAUGUUGAUGAUGAUGAUAUUGAGGAGGAGGAGGAUUGGGAGGAGGGUGCUCAGGACCUGAUCGAGAAGAGUUCUGUCAUCGGUGACUCCGACCAGGAGCGGAGUGGCGCACAGCGACUGGCCAACCUGUGGAGAGACCGAGAAGCAGAUGAGCUGGGUGAAUACUACAUGAGAAAGUAUGCCAGCUCGAGCAGCAGAGAUGAAACUGGAGGAGAGUAUGAAUUGUCUGAUGACAUCACACAACAAGGCUUGCUACCUGGAGUCAAAGAUCCAAACCUGUGGACUGUCAAGUGCAGGAUAGGAGAGGAGAAACAGACAGCCAUCAUGAUGAUGAGGAAGUUCAUUGCUCUGCAGUACUCAGAUGAACCCCUGCAGAUCAAGUCCAUUGUUGCUAAGGAGGGUCUGAAGGGGUAUGUGUACGUGGAGUCCUUCAAACAGACCCACGUGAAGGCGGCCAUCACAGGGGUGGGGAACCUGCGCAUGGGGCUGUGGCAACAACAGAUGGUCCCCAUCAAGGAGAUGACAGAUGUCCUAAAGGUGGUAAAAGAAACAGUCGCGCUCAAGCCCAAGUCGUGGGUGCGGCUGAAGCGAGGUGUGUACAAGGAUGACCUGGCACAGGUGGACUAUGUCGAGCCCAGCAUGAACUCUGUUCACCUCAAACUCAUCCCUCGUGUGGACUACACCAAGCUGAGGGGUGUACAGAAGGCCUCACAGGACCAGGGGGAGAAGAGGAAAAAGUUCCGCCGACCACCACAGAAACUGUUUGACGUCGACGCCAUCAGAGCGAUCGGAGGUGAGGUGACUUCAGACGGAGACUUCCUGAUCUUCGAGGGGAACCGUUACAGCCGCAAGGGCUUCCUCUUCAAGACUUUUGUCAUGUCAGCAAUCAUCACAGAAGGAGUAAAACCCACCCUGUCAGAGUUGGAGAAGUUUGAAGACCAGCCAGAGGGGAUGGACAUAGAGUUGGUACCUGAGUCCAGAGGUAAGGUUGACAAGCAGCACAGCCUGGCACCUGGUGACAUCGUGGAGGUCGCAGAGGGAGAACUCAUCCACCUGCAGGGCAAGGUCAUGACUGUGGAUGGCAACAAGGUCACCAUCAUGCCGAAACACGAGGACCUCAAGGAACCUUUGGAGUUCCCUUCCCAUGAGUUGAGGAAGCACUUCAACAUGGGCGACCACGUGAAGGUGAUCGCAGGCCGGUACGAGGGGGACACGGGUCUGAUUGUCCGUGUGGAGGACCACUAUGUCGUGCUGUUCUCUGACCUGACUAUGCAUGAGUUGAAAGUGCGGCCCCAGGACCUGCAAUUGUGUACAGAGAUGAGCUCAGGAGUGGACUCCAUGGGACAGUUCCAGUUUGGAGAUCUAGUCAUGCUUGAUCCACAGACAGUAGGCAUCAUUGUAAGACUAGAGAGGGAGUCGUUCUCAGUGCUCAAUAUGCAUGGCAAGGUGGUUAAUGUUAAACAGAACGCAGUCACACAGAAGAAAAACACGAGGAAUGCAGUUGCCCUUGAUGCUGAACAGAACAACAUCCAAGUCAGAGACAUUGUCAAGGUCAUAGAUGGACAACACUCGGGCCGGCAAGGUGAGGUGAAGCACCUGUACCGUAGCUAUGCCUUCCUGUACUCCAAGAUGAUGACAGACAAUGGCGGCAUGUUUGUGGUGCGCUCCAGACACGUGGUGCUCGCCGGAGGGUCAAGGCCCAGUAACACAACCACAGUGAUGGGAGGAUUUGCCCCGAUGUCCCCUCGACUGUCCAGUCCACAACACCCCAGCAGUGGUGGGGGAGACAGAGGAGGGGGUGGAGGUGGUCAGGGCAGGGGGAGGGGGAGGGCCAGGAGAGACAUGGAGCUCAUCGGGCAGACUGUCAGGAUCUGUCAGGGGCCUUACAAGGGCUAUAUCGGUAUGGUGAAGGAUGCUACAGAGUCCACAGCAAGGGUGGAACUGCACUCCAGCUGUAAAACUAUCUCUGUAGACAGGUCCAGACUCAACCCUGUAGGGGGUCCAACCAGAGGUGGUGCCAGUACGUCGUAUGGUAGAACUCCGAUGUACGGAUCGCAGACCCCGAUGUAUGGCGCCGGGUCCCGUACACCCAUGUAUGGUUCACAGACACCUCAGUACGAAGGAGGCAGAACCCCCCACUAUGGGUCCCAGACCCCGCUGCAUGACGAUGGUAGCCGCACCCCAGGCAGAACGGGAGCGUGGGACCCCACCAAUCCAAACACACCCUCUAGGCCUGAUGAUUUUGAUUACCGUUUUGACGACGCCACUCCGUCACCGCAAGGCUACGGAGCCGCCACGCCAAACCCGGCCACCCCAGGGUACGUGUCAGCAGACUCUCCCGCGGACCACUCCGGACCCUUCACGCCACAGACGCCCGGAACAGCGGGCAUGUACGGGAGCGAGACAACGUAUUCACCGUACCAACCCACGCCAUCUCCACAGGGAUCUUACCAAGCCACCCCCAGCCCUGCAGGUUACCAGCCUGCCCCCUCCCCCGCCGGCUACCAAGCCACACCCUCCCCCGCUGGCUACCAGGCAACGCCCUCCCCAGCAGGGUACCAGGCCACCCCCUCGCCCCUGGGGUUCAGUCCCAUGACCCCGGGGGCCCCCUCCCCAGGGGGUUUCAACCCCCAGACCCCAGGGGCUAGCCUGGACCAGGGAGGUACUGAUUGGCAGACAGUGGACAUCACCGUGCGAAUCCGCGAGACCCAUGAAGACCCCGACCUCAUCCACCAGAGAGGAGUUAUCCGUAGCCAAUCGGGUGGUAUGUGCUCCGUAUACCUGUCUGAAGCAGACAAGAUGGUGAACGUGAUGGGAGAACACCUGGAACCAGAAGCACCUGCCAAGAACGACAAGGUGAAGGUGAUCUUGGGAGAGGACCGAGAAGCGACGGGAACUCUCAUCAAUAUCGACGGGCAGGACGGGAUCGUGCGCAUGGACCUGGACGCGCAGCUCAAGAUUCUACAGCUGAGAUUUCUGGGAAAACUCGGACAGAAGGACUAGUAGUCGUGUUGUGAGCUGGACAGUGGGAUCUUCGAAAGCAAAGACUUUUUUCGGGCGUGCAGCAUAGUUUCUUAAGACGUGUAGAAAGAGAGAGAUGUUAGAAGGCGUCAUGUAGAUCUAGCUUAGAUACCUGGGAUAUGUCAGGACAAGAUGUCAGAGGUACCAAGACAAGGUGAAGAAAAAGAGCCUGUAUCAAUGCAUGGAUUCAAGAUUGUUCUAAACAAAACUUCUUGUUUGGGUGCCAGUCUUUUUAGCUUUGUUCAGCUCUCUCUGUCGCUUCUGUAGUAGGUGACGAGAAAGAACUCUGCGAAGCAACCAAGAGAAAGGUACUGGCACCCAGGCUAGCAGACAUCUCCAUAGAGAACAUAGGAUAUCUGAAUGUUACUGUCAAAGGUGAAAAGGUUUCCAUUACCAAAUAUAAUAUGAGAAUAUACUGUACAACACAGGAAAGAGAGAUGUGCCAGUUGUGUUGACAUGGCAGACACUUUCUUCUGUUACAUAUUUAACUCCACUAGUGAGUGUCUACUAUUCUCCAAGUAGAUAUAUGACUUUGGCUUGUUUUAUCUUUUUCCUGCCACUCCUGGUACACUUUUUAUUUGCUACACUUUUAUUUCAAGAAUGCCACCACUUGAAAAAGAUGCAAAAAUAUGCAAGAGCUGUAUAUCUGCUUGGAGAGUAUACAUUUAGAUGGACACCCACUCUGUAGUGUAGAUUUUCACAUUCCUACAUAGAUAGGAAGAUAUACCAGGAAGGCAUUUAGGGGGGCAUAGAAGGAAAAUAGGUGCCAGAAAAUUGUAAAUUGAUACUUUAUAGUUGAAAUAAUAUAGAAAAGGACUCAAGCAGAUAAAAGCCUGAAUAAAUCUCGCUUAUAGCAGCCCGUCCAACAUCAGUUACAGCCCCAGACAGCGGAGUUUGUGUUACACAGACUACAUUUGGUCUGUUGCCUUCUAAAAAAUUCUCCAACAUCCUUCCUGGUACAUCUACACAGUACUUCCAUUCUGUCAUCUUUUGAUGGUUGCUGAAAUAUAAGACUCACCCACAUCAUGUACUGAUAUGAUCUAAUACUAUGGUGUCAUCGAUGUAAUAAAUAUCUACUGUCCACAGUCUGCAUUCAUUUAAAAAAGCAAGGAAGUUGGCCAAUGUAGUACAAACCAGUCAUAGCCAGAGGAAACUUUUCAGCUUGAACAUCUUACCACACCCAUAAAUUAUCCUCCUUCAUCUGUAAAAUGCUAGUAUUAUAUUGCAGUAUAAACUUCUAAAGGACAGAAAAGGAAGUUUUCUGACAAGUGAUAAAUCAAGGUGACAGGUCGAGAGAUUGUAGGAGAAGUAGACGUUACCUUGUGCCAUGUAACAUGAUAUGUCCGCCAUUGACCCUUGUUAUGGUAUACUUUGUGUACUUGAUAUGGUAUACAGGUAGGAGAUUUCUGGUAAAUAAGUACCAAAACUGGC